UUUGAUGGAGAGUGCUGUUUCGGAAACGACUGAUCACCGCUCAUAGCGCGCUUGGUGGCAAAACUAUUAACUUGAUUGUGGAACGUAUAUGGAAAGAACGUCUGUAUACAGCUCCAGCACAUGCUAUUGGUUCGCUUUGGAAAAUAAAGCAUGCUGGGAAUUUUUAUGACGUCAGGUUCAGGUUAACUUCGUUAUUUUUCCAUCGUUUAUCAGAAAAUUUCAAUGUGGUAGUGAAAUUAACAGUUUUUUUUGAAGUUUAUGGAUGAGGCACAUUGUGACGGUUACUUCUGAAAAUGACUUUUCAAAUUACAAAUUUACAAGACGCUAUUUGACUCAUGCCCAGGCUAACCAACAAGUGGGACUGAUUGUGUAGUGUUUGAUUAACGCCUUGGUUUCGGAAAGUAAAUCUGUUGUCGGAAAUAGGUGCAUUUUUUGUCUGUACACAAGACCUUGAAAGAGACUGUGUUGUGGGAAGGUGGACUUUAAAAAUAUCAACUCUUUUGUGCUUGAGAUGGUACGGGUAGAAUUGAAUGAAAUAUGGACCUCGAGGCAGCAGUUCAGCAGACUACAUCAUCACUCCAUAUGAGUGAUGUCAUUGAGGUUUUGCAGAAAACUGAACCUGAUUUUGGGCAACAUCCAGAUACAGAAAUGUUCAACACAUCAUCAUCAUCAAUGAGUAAUAAAAGCCAAGCGAAAGUUCAGAUUAUUGAGCAGCCUGCCUCCAAGGCCUUAAGAUUUCGUUAUGAAUGUGAAGGGAGGUCAGCAGGUUCUAUUCCUGGAGCUAAUAGUACUCCAGAGAACAAAACUUUUCCAACCAUUCAGGUGGUUGGUUAUCAGGGUCGUGCUGUUGUUGUAGUCUCAUGCGUCACAAAAGAUGCUCCGUAUCGACCCCACCCUCACAAUCUGGUGGGGAAGGAAGGGUGCAAGAAAGGUGUGUGCACAGUGGAAAUCUCUGGAGAAGCCAUGACCGCUACCUUCUCCAAUUUGGGGAUACAGUGUGUAAAAAAAAAAGAUAUAGAUGAAGCUUUACGAAUUCGUGAAGGAAUUCGUGUUGACCCUUUUCAUACUGGUUUUGCACACCGAUCACAGCCUACCAGUAUAGAUUUAAAUGCAGUGCGAUUAUGUUUCCAAGUCUUUUUAGAAGGAUCAGAGAAAGGAAAAUUUACACAUGGUUUACCACCUGUUGUCUCUGACCCAAUUUAUGAUAAAAAGGCAAUGUGUGAUUUAGUUAUUUGCAAACUAAGUGAUUGCAGCGCAACUGUUGGAGGUGGUCGUGAAAUCAUACUCCUAUGUGAAAAAGUAGCCAAAGAGGAUAUUCAGGUCCGUUUCUUUACCGAGGAAGAUGGUCGUAUCACUUGGGAAGGUUUGGGUGACUUUACACCUGCUAGUGUACAUAAACAGGUUGCAAUUUCAUUCAGAACGCCUCGAUAUCGUGUUUUGAAUGUAGAUAGACCAGUUCAGGCUUUUAUACAGUUGCGACGACCAUCUGAUGGAGCAACUUCAGAAGCCUUACCAUUUACAUUUACACCUUCCGAUCCAGAACUGAGACGCAAGAUACCAAAAUCACUUUCGGUGCCAACAUGUGCUGCAGAGAGCAGUCAGCCCCCUAUUCGGCGUUUACCAUAUCCAGAUGCUCCUCAUCCUCCUGCAUUGUUGCCUGUGAAAACGGAACAUGUUGGAGAUGCUGCAAUGGGCGGAGCAUACCAGGGAUAUAAGGAUGUAUCACCUAUAUAUUCUCCUCAACAUCCUCAUUAUACCCAUGAUGGCCGCACGCCAUCACCCCGGCCACCGACUCAGCCGUGGCCCACUGGUGCAUUAGUCCGACAUGCCCAACCAACCCUGCAGCUACCGCAGCACUCUCCGCUACCACCCCAACAUUCACCUCAACCUCAACAACAACAACAACAACAACAACAGCAGCAGCAGCAGCAGCAACAACAGCAGCAGCAGCAGCAGCAGCAACAACAACAGCAGCAGCAGCAGCAGCAACAACAACAGCAAGUUGCUCAGCAGAAGCCACCACCAACACAACAACCGCCGCCACCACCACCACAAUUAUUGUCGCAUCACAACACUCCCAGCUCAACCCCUGAGUUCCUCCCUCAGCAGAACACACCAAGUAGUAGUCCUCACAAUCUUUUGCAUCCACCUGCUGCUCAGCAACCAUCCAACACAUUGCAGCCUAUAUUAAACCCUAGUAUGGUUGGAAUGAUUGCCCAAGCCACAGUACCUCCAGGUCAUGGCUCUGGCAGCAUGAUUUUCCAACCUGUAAGACUUGAUUUUCCUGAUAUAGAUAGACGACCUCCAAGUCAAAUACCAGUCCACACUACACUACCUGAGGCUGGAGGUAACAACCUUUUAGAGCUGGAUUCAAUCCUCUUUACAGAGAGCUUGGUGCAGAAUCUAAGCCUCAGUAGUGAAGACCAACAGCUGGACACCCAUGAUUCUUUGUCUCGGUACCUGGGGAGUGCAGCCACUCAUAGUGUGACUGAUUUAAACAACAUGUUAAAUAACUAAACGGUGGUCAGAUACAGAAGAUUUUAUGAGUAUUUAACCCUUUUCGAUCUCAGUAGUUGUGGUGGUGAAUGCUGAGGAUAAACUAACGUUUUGUUGUGUAGAGGAGAAAGGAUGGAAGUGUAUGGUGUCAGCAUGUUCAUCUAGAUGGACAAGAGGUCACAACAGGCACAUAUAGGUUGAUGUUCUGCAACCUAAUCUGAUCUAUUUCUAUAGUUCUUUGUUAAUAAUUCUUGUGUAAAUCAUUUCGUAAGUACUAUUGAGUUACCCCUGAUAUCAUUUUCCAUAUUAUAAUAAGCAAGCAUGUCAUAAUGUUCUCUUUAACUUUUUCUUCUUCUUCUUCUUUUCUUCUUCUUCUUCUUUUCUUCUUCUUCUUCUUCUUCUACUACUUCUUCUUCUACUACUAUUUCUUCUUCUACUACUACUUCUACUUCUUCUACUACUACUUCUACUUCUUCUACUACUACUUCUACUUCUUCUUCUACUACUUCUACUUCUUCUACUACUACUACUACUUCUACUUCUACGUCUUCUCCUUCUCCUUCUCCUUCUCCUUCUCCUUCUCCUUCUCCUCCUCAUUACUGUUUUGAGUUUCAGAAAUAAAAUUUUUAAUAUUUUAAGUACUUUAUUUAUUACAUACAUGGUUCAGUUUCACGUUAAGUUUGUAUUUAUCUACUAAUAUAAUUUUUAAUUAUUUAACAUACUUGAAAUCAUACAAAUUGAAUUCUUUAGUUAUGGGAGAGUUAGAAACUAAAAUGGAACCCUAGCUGAUUUAUCAUGGCUAAUUAUUUGGUAUGCAUGCUUCAUACAAGAUCAUUGGUGUUUUUUGUGACUUGUGAGAGAAUGACUAAGGAAUCUUCAUUUAAAUUUAUUGAGCUGCUUUUCCUUGUGUGUGUUAUCGUUUCAGACGAGGUAAUGCAUUAUUAAGGGAAAUAUGAUUUUCAGUGUCCCUGUAGGGCAAUGUGUGAACCCAGUUUUUGAAUUUUCAGUAUCAUGAAAUUUCUAUUCGAAAAAUAUG